UCUAAUGUAAAUAAAAUAAAAUAAGAUAAUAAUAUAUCCGCAACCAUUAGCGACACUCUCACAGUACAGUGAAGCUGAGCUCACUAUAUUUAUACUCAACUUCCCUUAGCUCUUCAUGAUUCCACCUUGUCGGCGGUUCUUUGGAGCUUAAGAGGAAGAGGCAUUCUUUCACUCCCAAAAUGUCAGAUCUUCAAGCACCCCUUCGCCCAAAGAGGAAGAAGGGCUUGGUGGACUUUUUGGUCCAGUUUCGUUGGAUUUUUGUUAUAUUUUUUGUCCUUCCUUUUUCAACUCUGUAUUACUUUCUCAUAUAUCUUGGAGAUGUCAGAUCCGAGAUGAAGUCCUACAAGCAGCGUCAGAAGGAACAUGAUGAAAAUGUUUUGAAAGUAGUGAAGCGUCUCAAACAGAGGAAUCCAAAAAAGGAUGGUCUUGUAUGCACAGCCCGUAAACCAUGGAUUGCGGUGGGGAUGCGGAAUGUAGACUAUAAGAGAGCUCGCCAUUAUGAAGUUGAUUUGUCUGCUUUCCGUAACAUUCUUGAAAUUGAUAAACAGAGAAUGAUUGCAAGGGUUGAGCCACUUGUAAACAUGGGGCAGAUAACACGUGUCACAGUUCCAAUGAAUCUUUCCCUUGCUGUGGUUGCAGAGCUCGACGAUCUUACAGUAGGUGGUCUCAUCAAUGGCUACGGGAUUGAAGGAAGCUCACACAUCUAUGGCCUGUUUUCUGAUACUGUUGUAGCUUAUGAGAUAGUUUUGGCUGAUGGCCGUGUUGUUAGAGCUACCAAGGACAAUGAAUAUUCUGAUCUUUUCUAUGCUAUCCCAUGGUCUCAAGGAACUCUUGGAUUUCUUGUUGCUGCCGAAAUCAAGCUUAUACCUGUUAAAGAAUACAUGAGACUGACAUACACGCCUGUAGUGGGGAAUUUGCAGGACCUUGCUCAAGGUUAUAUGGACUCUUUUGCACCCAGAGAUGGUGAUCAGGAUAAUCCAGAGAAAGUUCCCGAUUUUGUAGAAGGCAUGGUCUACUCACCCACUGAAGGUGUGUUCAUGACUGGGAGAUAUGCCUCUAAAGAAGAGGCCAAGAAGAAGGGGAAUAAAAUUAACAAUGUAGGUUGGUGGUUUAAACCCUGGUUCUACCAACAUGCGCAAACGGCCUUAAAGAAGGGAGAGUUUGUAGAGUACAUUCCUACAAGAGAAUAUUACCACAGGCACACAAGAUGUUUGUAUUGGGAGGGGAAGCUCAUCCUUCCAUUCGGAGAUCAAUGGUGGUUUAGGUUUCUCUUGGGCUGGUUGAUGCCACCCAAGGUUUCCUUGCUCAAGGCUACUCAAGGUGAAUCUAUAAGAAACUAUUACCAUGAGAUGCAUGUGAUUCAAGACAUGCUUGUUCCUCUUUACAAGGUUGGGGAUGCCCUUGAGUGGGUCCACCAUGAGAUGGAGAUCUAUCCCAUUUGGCUCUGCCCGCACCGACUGUUCAAGCUUCCUGUUAAGACAAUGGUGUAUCCUGAACCAGGCUUUGAGCAGCAUCGCAGACAAGGCGACACACCAUACGCUCAGAUGUUCACCGAUGUUGGGGUGUAUUAUGCUCCAGGCCCUGUAUUGAGGGGUGAAGUAUUUGAUGGUGCAGAGGCAGUUCGUAAUUUGGAGCAAUGGCUGAUCAAAAACCACAGUUUCCAGCCACAGUAUGCAGUGUCGGAGCUCAACGAGAAGGAUUUCUGGAGGAUGUUCGAUGCUGACCUGUACGAGCAUGUGCGUAGGAAGUACGGAGCUGUGGGAACGUUCAUGAGUGUGUACUACAAAUCCAAGAAAGGAAGGAAGACCGAAAAAGAGGUCCAAGAAGCGGAACAAGCCCACCUUGAAACUGCGUAUGCAGAGGCUGAUUAGUAAGCAUGGGGGAGUUUGGUAGAAGUUAUGUGAAUCUUUGCAUUGUCUUUGUUGUCUCUUUAAUUUAGUAUUUGCUUUCAGCGAUGGUAUUAUGUGGGGUCGGAACUGAUGUUAUGGGAUAGGUUUAAGCAGUGGUUGUUGUGGAAUGAUUUAUGGCUUUAGUUUAGCUAUUAUGGAUAGACUUAUGAUAACGAGAGGCUUCUGUUUUUAGCUCUCA